UCCAUGGACGAAGAACUGAGGAUUUGGUGUUGAGAUUGAAACCUACUAUUUUAGCAAACCACUGCCAUCGUUUAUUUAUAGUCUGAAGAAAUAAAGGCAAUACAGCUACUACAGCUGAUUGUCGUCCAGACCCAAAUCAGAAUAGAUGGUAAACCCCAACGCCAAAGCUGCAAGGGGCAGCUUCUUCCUCCAGCCCAGCUUUUUUCGGUUUUCCCAUUACUGCUGCUUGUUUUCUCCCACUCUGAAAAGCCCUGAAGACCCCAAAUGUUUCGGCCAGACCAAUCGCGUGCCUAGAAAAAAGAAAAAAAUAACACAUUUUGUGAAACAUUUUCCAAUUCUAAGUUGGAAUCGAAUUUCACAUUUUUUUAUGGUUUUCAGCUGUAUAAAAUGCCUGUAACACUCUCAUAGACAACUAGCAUAAUAUAUCAUACCGCAAUCUUGUCAAAUAAAUAAGUAGCCCUUUCUAUUAAUCUUAAGCUACCCAUGAUGAUCAUUA